AUGUAUUUUAUUGGACGUACAAUAAUAUCAAACGAUUUAUCAUUCUUUUCUUUUGUGGUGGCCAAAAGUGAAUGAAAGACAAGAACACGCAACAAGGAUGGCUGAUUUUCAUGGUAUCCCAAUUGAUGUAGAGAUUUGUAAUGCUCUCUCUGAUUCCAAACCAUCAAAUGCUGAUAUAAAGUGCAUUCGUAAAUUUCUCAAAGGAAAUGACAUUUUAUUCCAAACCAAAUCAGAACUGGGCCUAUCUCGUAUGGUUAUCCUAACAAGUAUGCAACAAUUUCAACAAAUGCAAAGUCGUACUUAUAUAUUGGUCAUUUGCACUAAUGAAUUGGGUGAAAAGAUCUACAAUGAACUUGCAUAUUUCAAGCAAUACUUUGCAUUCUUGCAAAUCGGUUUACUCGGCAAUCCGGCAAUUGGAAAUGACGAAGAGAUGCUUCAGCUAACUACACCGCAUAUUAUCAUUGGUACCCCAGCUCGUAUUUCUGCACUCGUUCGUAACAAAAAACACACGUUGAAUGAUACAAUCAACAUAAUUGUUUUUGACAGCGAGAUUAUGGUUGACGACUUGGAUCAUUUGGUUUCGAUCAGAUACAUUAUGGAAAAUCAGAAGAACAAAAAAGUCAUGAUGUUUUCGAAUAAAACAUGCAGACUCGCGCGUCAUUGGUUCGAGAAGUGGGUGGAAAAUCCAAUUGAAGUGUUUGAUGAUGCCGCUACAAAACUGAAUAUCAAUGGUUUGCAGCAUUACUAUGUUGUAUUGGAGAAGCAAAAGAUCAACACGUUGACAGAAUUUUUGAAUAUACUUCAUAUGAGUAAAUCACUCAUUUUCGUUGAGUCAAUGGAAAAGGGUCACACAUUGAAAGAUAACUUAUCUGUUCUUGGCAUUGAAGGCGUUUCAGCUGAUGAAAAAGAAUUUCCUAAUGAAAAGUCUGUGUUGAUAACAACUGAUUCUAUUGCCCCCAAACUAAAAAACAUUCAAGUGGUCAAAACAAUAUUUAACUUUGAACGGGUCGAACAUUGCGAUAAUUAUGUGGAUCGUUUAAAUUGUGUUGUCGGUCAACAUAAUGCAAAAAUCGUUACAUUUGUUUCAUCUGAAAAUGAUGCUGUUUUGAACGAGUUCAAAAGACGAUUCGGUGCUAACAUAAGAAUUGCGACUCCACAAACAAUUUUAUCUCGUUUUGAUCGGUACAAAAUGUAUAUUAAUCAAUGUGUUUGCUCUUUGACAUCCUUAUUUUUCGGGAUAUUGCGCAGUUUCUACUGGAUCUUAUUCAACCCGUGUACCAAAAAAUAAAGGCAAUUAAAAAAAAUUAACGACAUAUUUAGCAUUUCAUAUAGUUGGAGAAAGCAAACGACUGAAUAAAAUCAAAAUCAAUUCUUGAA